UCCCGGAGUGCGGCGCGGCGCGGCGCGGGGGCUCGGGCGGCGGGAGCGGGGGCGGGGACGUUCGGCCCGGGCGGCGGCGGCGGCGGCGACGCGGAGCGCGAUGGCGCGGGCGGCCCAGUGCUUGUGAAACUGAACGCAACCAAAGUAUGGAUAUGGGAAACCAGCACCCCUCUAUUAGUAGGCUUCAGGAAAUCCAAAAGGAAGUCAAGAGUGUGGAACAGCAGGUCCUUGGCUUCAGCGGUCUCUCAGAUGACAAGAACUAUAAGAAACUGGAGCGGUUUCUCACGAAGCAGCUGUUCGAAAUAGACUCUGUAGCUACAGAAGGGAAGGGAGAUGUCCAGCAGGCGCGGAAGAGGGCGGCGCAGGAGACGGAGCGUCUCCUGAAAGAGCUGGAGCAGAAUGCCAACCACCCGCACCGGCUGGAGAUCCAGAACAUCUUUAAAGAAGCCCAGGACCUGGUGACGGAGAAGAUUGUGCCGGUCUACAGCGGCGGCAGCCAGGGCAGCGACGAGUUCGAGGAGGUCCUCCAGGACAUCAUCCUGCGGCUGACCCACGUGAAGACCGGCGGGAAGGUGUCGCUGCGCAAGGCCAGGUACCACGCUCUGACCAAGAUCUGUGCGGUGCAGGAGAUCGUGGAGGACUGCAUGCGGAGGCAGCCGUCCCUGCCCCUCUCGGAGGACACGCACCCGUCCGUGGCCAAAAUCAAUUCCGUCAUGUGCGAGGUGAACAAGGCCAGAGGCACCCUGAUCUCCCUGCUCAUGGGCGUCAGCAGCACGGAGACCUGCCGCCACCUGUCGUGCGUGCUCUCGGGGCUGAUGGCCGACCUGGACGCCCUGGACGUGUGCGGGCGGGUGGAGAUCAGGAACUACCGCCGGGAGGUAGUGGAGGACAUCAACAAGCUGCUGCGAUACUUGGACUUGGAAGAGGCCGCUGACUCCACGCACGCCUUCGACCUGAGGCAGAACCAUUCCAUUUUGAAAAUCGAGAAGAUCCUCAAGAGAAUGCGAGAAAUCAAAGACGAGCUCCUGCAAGCCCAGAACCCUGCCGAGCUCUACCUGAGCUCCAAAACGGAGCUGCAGAGGCUGAUCGGCGAGCUGGACGAGGUGAGCGUGGAGAAGAACCCCUGCAUCCGGGAGGCCCGGCGCAGGGCCGUGAUCGAGGUGCAGACCCUCAUCACCCACAUCGACCUGCGGGAGGCCCUGGACAAGCGGCGGCUGCUGCUGCCCGACGAGCUCCCCGAGCACCCGCCGCACAGGGCCGUGUGGGACGUCCUCGGCCACUUGUCGGAGAUCCUGGGAGAGGUGCUGGCCUUUGACGGCAACCGGACGGACAAGAACUACAUCCGGCUGGAGGAGCUGCUCACCAAGCAGCUGCUGGCCCUGGACGCAGUGGACCCGCAGGGGGAGGAGCGCUGCAAGGCCGCCCGGAAGCAGGCCGUGAAGCUCGCCCAGAACAUCCUCAGCUAUCUCGACUUGAAGUCCGACGAGUGGGAGUACUAGCGGCCCGACCCGGCCCGGCCCGCAGCUCUGGUUGUGCCCGCGGUCCUUCUGUCUUUCCAGAGAGCUUCCGGUCCAUCGCACCCCAGCGUGGUUGCUAGCUACGUGGCAUCCGUCAAUCUCAGUAUUUAUGGUUUCAAUUUCAGCAAAUUCUAUUUAGCAUCUCUGCUGCUUUUGAUGCUGCAAAACAAAUAUUACAACACAUUAACUUUUCCUUUUGGAUUAUCUGUUGUGCGGCUAUUGUUUCACUGGGGUUUUUUCUUUCUUAAAAAAAUCAGAAAUUACAAUAGUAUCUUUCAUAGUUUUUAAGCGGGUUGUGCAAGCAUCACUACGCGGUUUAUCUCAGGAUCCACAAAUAGAAUCUGAUGUGACAAUUAUGAGAAGGGGGAAGUUUUUGGUUCAGUAGAAGGUCUAAGUGCAACAGUAGUCAGUACCAUGAUAUGUUUAUACCAGUUAGUAAAGCAGAAUAUUUUCACUGCAAAGCCUGAUUGGCCCCACUGGCCUGAUAAGGUGGGGAUUCUUGUUUCUUUCCUCAGUCUUUUCUUCCAUCAGUCUUUUUUUUUUUUUAAGUAUUUCCCCCCAUUCUCUGCAUUUAGAGGGGGGCUCUUAUUUCUUUGUUACGUGUAAAAGAAAAUUAUGAAAAUCAAUAGAAAUGCCUCAGACUGUACUAGAGAAAGUGGGGGCAAGACUGGUACUUGGCAGUUGUUUCCGGUUAAAACCUGAUCUACGUGUUUCAUAGAAGUUGAAUCAUUCAACAUGUGAAUGAUUAGAGGCCUUAUUUUUUAAAGAAAAGGCACCCGAAACUGGGGUGAAGGACUGAGACAAGUUGCUGCUGGCGGGUCCCCCCUUCCACGCGGGCAUAGCGGGGCAGCCGGAGGAGUGCCGCUGAGCACACCCCACCGAGAGCCAGGGGGCCAGCUACUGCCACACAGACCUCCCGGCUGUCAGCCACAGGCCCUGAGGCAAGGCAUGUCUCCUUCCGGAAGAAGAGGCCAGAGAUGUGUGGCGCAGGACACGUAUGUCCUGUGUCCCCCUCUGCGGCAUGGAACCUCCACGCUCUGCUGAUCCAUCCCCAGGAUUCUCAUCUGUUCAUCUGGUGGUUGUUCAGGAGUGGUGUCAUUUCAGACAGCUGAAAACAUGACAGAUCUUGAAAGACGCCUGCCUGCCUGUCUGCCUGCCUACAGUGUAACCCUGAGCUCUCCCGGGAAACCCGGCUGUGCCCUUCCUGCUGCCGGAAACACGGCAUAGUGUGGUCACAGGGCAGUCGAGUUUGGGGACUUUGCAGGCCACAGUGCUCCCACAUUCUGUCAUGGUUUUAGGGGUUAGGCGUUCUCCCCAUCGGAGUUUUUAUAGCUCCAGUCAGUGAUGCUGUGGGGAGCUCCUGGCUGUCCACGGACCCCUGGCCAGGCUCUUCAUGGCUCCGCUGCUUCCUGGCUGCAGACGUGGGCUAACUGCCACGCUAGCUGGAGGCUCCAAGGACCUGGCCCAGCUUCCCCUGCCCCGGAACGGCCGAUGAACUGCGACUGUGUGUCAGGAACAAGCUUUGCUGUUCUCAGCCUUUUCAGUUUCCUGUGUCGCUGCUUCAGUGGCGCUGGCCCCGUGAUGCAGCGCUGUGCCGUGGCCACCCUGGGGCACAUCGGCUUCCACAUACUGCGUCUAAGGGGGUUUGUCCCAGUGUGUCUUACUGGCUGGCAGCGUGUGCUGGCAGUGCCCCUGGGCAUGGGCAGCUCAGCUGGUAAGCGGGGGAGCGGCAGGCCUUAGUGCUCCCUGGGCCCAGGGCAGUGGCGCGGAACGGAGGCAGGGCCUUGCCUCGGGUUGCAAUGUCUUGCUGUGAUACGCUGGCAUGAUUGCAUGUUGGAGAGAUUGGGACCAAUUUGUAUCAGUGUAUCGAAGGGACUGUUUAUUCUCUACGUGCAGGGUUUUAAAGCUAAGCUCUCUCGGCUUUUAUCUCACCAGUAUUUUUUAAGAUAAUGGGAGACACAUUUGUCAUUGAUUUUGAUGUACAAACCAGGCGUGUAACUGCCUUGCUUUUAACUGCGUGCCUAUUGUUAUGGUGUCUGAAGUAAUUCAGUAUUAUUCUGAAUGUUACUGUGCCCUUAGUUAACAAAAUAAAAACAUUUCUCAGUUUAUCAGUGGAGAAAGAAGGGUCUGAGAUGUGAG